CCGUUAUAAUGGCGUUACGAACGAUCGUGCGAUUUCCUCGCGCUCGUGCCCGCGCUCGGACCCGCAGCCGUGGUCGUCCCUUCCAGUCCCUUCCUUCGGCUGUCGGGUUAGUUUCGUUACAGUUGCCAACUGACGUCGCCAAACGUCGCUUUGGAGUCCACUGACCUUCGAGUUGGUCCGAAGCGUUAACGCGUGGGUUUCUUGCUCCGUAAAUGCCCGCGGUACCCUCGGAGUUCACACGUGAACGUUAAACGACGUAGCGGCACGUCGCCUGCUCUACGACGCGUUGGGUCUCCUCUCGCUAGCAGCCAGCAUUUCGUUCAUUCCGUCUACUGCGCAUUCACGAAGGGUGCUCAGAAAAUCCGACUAGGCUCGUGAGACGUGAGAAAGAUCACGCCAACGCGACGUCGACGCCAGUGGUAGAUGGUUAGCGCGACGUGCUCGCGCGCAGUCGCCUGCACGUAGGUGCGAGGGUGCGAUCACGGUGUUUGUGUGCGCGGCCGCCGUCGGCCCAACAGGCUAGGUGCGUGCCUUAGUUUCAAGAAACUCGCGAGGAAUAUCAGCUUACGUACCGAGCGUACUCUCAGUUAUUUCUGGACUAUUCCUGGGCCGACCGGUUUCUUUCUGUAACGCAAUUCGGAGCAUCGAGCGUUGGCGCCGUCUCGCUUCGAAUGCGUUCCUCGCCUAACCUAUAUAACGGUGGGUUCUCGACUGACCAGAGUCUCCGUCGCAAAAGGCUGCGCGAACGAGAACCAUCGAGGUUGUGCCAUCCGUAAGCAGUUUGAAGCACCCAUACCGAAGCAACGAAGACAUCGAACCGUACCCAAGUCAAGAAGAAAUUAGACUCUUGAAGGGACAUCAUGGUCUAGCCUGUUUCCUCGUUUGACUUCAUGUUUCCUCACUUGCAGACUUUAAGACGACGGAUGCUCGGGCACCAGUCCAUAAAGACAUGCGACUCCUACAAGCACCGUCGAUAGCGAAUCUUUUGCAUCUUUGAAAACGAGCUCGUCCCGUCGUUUCUUUGCUCCCGCAAUGGCGACGAAUGCACAAUUUGCUAACCCUCCCCCUAUAAGUCUCCCUAACAUGUCAGUUCCUCCCCCGUCGACUCCAAACUUGUCGGCGCCACCUCCAAAUUUGACAACGAUAAACACCUCUGGGGGCUAUCAGCACCGUUAUUCCAACCACAGGGAGGGGAGCAGAGGUUUCUUUAAGCCAUUUAGGCCGUAUCAUGCUCCCAAAGUUAUAGCCGGUGGUCAAGACUCGUUGCAAGAUGAAUUUGAUGGCAAGAGGUUAAGAAAGUCGGUUAUGAGAAAGACUGUCGACUACAAUGCUGCUAUAAUUAAGAGUUUAGAGAACAGGGUAUGGCAACGAGACUACAGAGACAGGCGGGCCCUUCAACCCGAUGUAAUUUAUUACCCCGAUCUGCUUCCUCCUCCAAGCUACGUCGAUAACCCAAUAAAUGCUGUGACGACGAGGUUUGUCAAAACUGCCACAAAUAAGAUGCGCUGUCCUAUUUUCUGCAUGGCCUGGACGCCGGAGGGAAGGCGGCUGGUAACAGGGGCAUCCAGUGGAGAAUUUACACUCUGGAAUGGCCUUACGUUCAAUUUUGAAACUAUUCUACAGGCUCACGACAGUCCUGUGAGAACGAUGGUGUGGUCACACAACGAAAGCUGGAUGGUGACGGGCGAUCAUGCGGGCUACGUCAAGUACUGGCAGAGCAACAUGAACAACGUGAAGAUGUUUCAGGCGCACAAAGAAGCGAUUAGAGGACUCAGUUUCAGCCCUACGGACCACAAGCUGGCCACUUGUAGCGACGAUGGAACGGUGCGAAUCUGGGACUUCUUGCGGUGUCACGAGGAGCGAAUUCUCAGGGGUCACGGUGCGGACGUGAAGUGCGUCCACUGGCACCCCCAGAAGAGUCUAGUCAUCUCGGGCAGCAAGGACAACCAGCAGCCGGUGAAGCUCUGGGACCCGAAGACCGGACAAUCGCUGGCGACCCUUCACGCCCAUAAAUCGACCGUCAUGGACGUUAAGUGGAACGAGAACGGUAAUUGGCUGGUGACGGCCUCGCGCGACCACUUGCUCAAGUUGUUCGACCUCAGGAACCUGAGCCAGGAGGUGCAGACCUUCCGUGGGCACAAAAAGGAAGCCUCCAGCGUGGCCUGGCACCCGAACCACGAGGGCCUCUUCUGCAGCGGCGGCAGCGACGGCGCCAUCCUCUUCUGGCACGUUGGGGCCGACAAGGAGGUAGGGGCCAUCGAGCAGGCCCACGACAGCAUCGUCUGGACGCUGGCAUGGCAUCCCCUAGGACACAUUCUCUGCUCGGGUAGCAACGAUCAUACCUCCAAGUUCUGGACCAGAAACCGGCCGGGUGAUCUGAUGCGAGACAAGUACAAUUUGAACACUCUGCCGGUUGGAGCGGCAGGAGUCGACGACCACGAGAUAGCGGACGAUACGGCGGUGAUACCAGGAAUGGGCCCGGAGGACCGCAUCAAUGCCGACGGCGAGCCGGAGGACAAGAGCGGCGGCAUCCCCGGCCUCGACCUGGACCACGCGGUUGACGAGGGCAAGAAGUUCGCCAACAAGAAGGUACCCUACAGCAAGCCCAUCCCCAGGAACUUCCAGGCACAGUGGAACGAGAUGGAGGCCGAGGACCUCGAACAAGUCGAGGCGCUCAACGCGUUCGUCAAUCAGCUGAUCGAGACGACGCCGGGCGCGGUGCCGCUCAACGAGGUUACGCCUAAUGCCAUUAUCCUGUACGGAAAGAUGAUCCCGGUCGAAGCCGGUUCGAAGUUGGCCGAUGCCAUCGUCAAGGGGAACGACGCUAUCAACAAGCUCGUACACUCUGGCGAGAUCGAGGAGCUGCGGGACGUCGUUGACCUCGACGAGGUGCCCGACGAGACAGAGGAGUACCUCCAGGACGAGGGCGAGAUCGACUACUCGAAGGUCCCGGACGUCGAGUUACCGCCACCCUUGCCCAGCUCGAAAUUCGCGCAGAAUCCGGAGCUCCUGAAGACGCUCAACCGCGGCGGCAAGCGGAAGUUCGACCAGCUGAUCGGCUGGAGUGACGGCGGGGCCAGCGACAGAACCUCGAAGAUGCAUCAGCCGGUCUUUGGCGGCGCGAUGGCCGAGGACUCCCAGUCGAGUGACACCGACUUGCGGUACGGCAUAGGAAGCGGCAAGUCGGGGCCCUAUGGGGACGCCUUCGGCUCCUCACAGGACGAGGACCUGAGAAGGUUGACCGGCGAUCCCCGGGGAGCCGGUCGCGGGGGCGGGGACGAGGAUCUGCGGUUCGCCGGCAGAAUUUCCGAUUCCGACGGUAGAACCAGCUACGGCGACAAGGACUUCAGGCAGAUGAUCCUGCCACGGGCCUUCCUCCAGAAAAAGAACGCCAUGGACGGCGGGGGAAUGGACUCGUAUUCGGAGCGAGACCGGGACGGCAGGUCUCGAUGGGAUGACGAGGACGACUCAGACGACGGCUCCAGGACCCUGGAGGGCAACGGCUUCGGCGGUAGCAACAGCUACGACAAGCGCGAUGGCAUGCCCAUGAACAUGGGCAUGGGGAUGGGCAUGGGUAUGGGCAUGGGUAUGGGAAUGGGGAUGGGUAUAGGAAUGGGAAUGGGAAUGGGUAUGGGGAUGGGAAUGGGAAUGGGCAUGGGAGGCCCGCACGGGCCACCGCCGCACAUGGCCAACAACUUGGCCAACCACCGAGGAGGCAUGCCGCCCCCGGGCAUGGUGCCGCACCCGAGCAAGGGCAACCCCAAUGCCAUGGACGGGCCCAUGAUGCACCGACCGCCCAUGGGACCCCACGGGCCCCCGGGCCCCUUCGGUCCGAACGGGCCACCGCCGUCCCUUGGAGGCUUCGGGCCCAAUCCGAACUUUAGGCCGCCCAACGGCAACUUCGGGCCCAACCAGCACUUCCGGCCGAGCCCUUUGGGCCCGUUCGCGUCCAGCCAGGGCCCCUCCUUCGGCGGGAAUUUCCAGGGCCCGGCCAACUUCCGUGGCAACAACCCGAGGAACUCGCCGAACUUCGACCGGCCGGGCCCGGGCUUCGGGCCUAACUUCCGGGGCCCCAAUCCCGCCGGUCAGUCCCAGUCGCAGGCCCAGUCCCAAGGUUUCUGCGGCUAUGGGAACGGCGGUAAAGGUGGGCCCGGCCGGGCCAUGAACCGGGCCCCUCCGCCCAAUGACAACGGCAUGUCGAGGAACAGCUACGGGCCCGGCGGCAGGCCCAGGCCACGCGACGGCGACCGCGAGAAUCGGCCCAGCCGGGCCCGGGAGAACUACUGAGGCGCACGCCACCCCGUUGGCCAGGAACCACCCCUUGCAUUCCAGUCCGGUCCUCUUCCGCGGCCGCGCCCCCAGGUCGGCGCGGAGCCGAGCGCGGACUGCCCCGGACUGCCCCGGACUGCCCCGGACGGCGCACUCGCCCUCCAUCGGCCGCCACGUUGCUCCAUGUAUAGCGGGAGAAGAGGCACCGUGCGGAACGAUUUACUUAUUAAACCAUCACGAAAUUCAUCCCCCGCGAAUUUCCUUACGACUUUCCACCCAUUGAUCUCGCAGCCGCGCAGCAGCCGAAACCGCGGUCGAGUGGGUCAUCCCGGAAACGGUGGAUGCCACGAGGAAGUGAGGCGAAACGAGAUUUCGAAGGACGAUUCGAAUGACCGUGGUCACCUUUAUUACUUUUUAUCGUUUAUUUGAUUCUCGACGGAUUCAGUGCUCCGUUCCGAGCACGCGUUAGUAAAGAACUGGACGUGGUUCUUUACAUUCCAUGCAGAUUAUUGUGUAGGAGAGACUAUGGAAUAGAUUAUGGAGACUAGGGACCGUAAGGGGACGGAAUUGGCUUGUCGAAUUUUAUUUUCAUCUUUGAGAGGUAUAAGAUCAAAUGUUGUACAAGAUCGUGUACAGACGGCGUGAUGUGACGUUCACGUAACGCUCGUAUAUUAUAGCUUGCGGCCCCGGGUUCGGUACAGGCUCGGAGAGAAGUUAAUCGAUUUCUAAUGGCCGCAAAACGUAUUUAUAAAGGAAUUAAAGACGCUGGAAAAGUGCCAUUGUCGUGAAUUUAAAAGAUA